AUGCCCAUCUCCAACGGCGACUCUCUUGGCAGGGCCAUGAAGGCAGAGAUCCAGGAUCACACCAAGGCACUGGAUAUCCUGGAGAAGGAAUAUUCCUCCAGCGAUGGACUUGAUGUUGAUACCCUGCUUGACUCGGACAAGCACGGAGCAUUGACUUACAAUGAUUUCCUCAUCUUGCCCGGUUAUAUCGGUUUCCCUGCUUCCGACGUCACCUUGGAUACCCCUGUCACGAAGCGUGUCUCUUUGAAGACCCCUCUCUUGUCCUCUCCUAUGGACACCGUCACCGAACACAACAUGGCCAUCCACAUGGCUUUGCUGGGUGGUUUGGGUGUUAUCCACCACAACUGCUCUGCUGAAGAGCAGGCGGAGAUGGUGAGGAAGGUGAAGCGAUUUGAGAACGGCUUCAUCUUGGAUCCUGUUGUGCUCUCCCCCAAGGCUACUGUCGGAGAAGCAAAGGAACUCAAGGCCAAGUGGGGAUUUGGUGGCUUCCCCGUGACUGAAAAUGGAACCCUACGUUCUAAGCUCGUCGGAAUGGUCACUAACAGAGAUAUUCAAUUCCACCCGAAUCUUGAGGAUCCUGUCACUGCCAUCAUGACUACUGAUCUUGUCACGGCUCCUGCUGGCACCACCUUGGCCAAGGCCAACGAGGUCCUCCGUAGCUCGAAGAAAGGAAAACUUCCCAUUGUCGACGAGAACGGAAAUCUCGUGUCAUUGCUCUCGCGCAGUGAUUUGAUGAAGAACCUCCACUACCCUCUGGCUUCUAAGCUUCCCCAGUCAAAGCAACUGAUCUGCGCUGCUGCCAUCGGCACUCGCGAGGAAGAUAAGUCUAGACUAAAGUUGCUUGUCGAGGCUGGUCUCGACAUCGUUAUCCUGGAUAGUAGCCAGGGCAAUAGCCUGUACCAGAUCGAAAUGAUCAAGUACGUCAAGAAAACUUUUCCCGAGAUUGAUGUCAUUGGCGGAAACGUCGUGACUCGGGAGCAAGCUGCAUCGUUGAUUGCCGCCGGUGUCGAUGGCCUGAGAAUUGGCAUGGGCAGCGGCAGUGCUUGCAUUACCCAGGAGGUCAUGGCUGUUGGCCGUCCCCAGGCUGCAGCUGUGCGCAGCGUCUCUACCUUCGCUGCUCGCUUCGGUGUUCCUUGCAUUGCUGAUGGUGGUGUCCAGAAUGUUGGUCACAUUGUCAAGGGUCUUGCAAUGGGCGCGUCCACUGUCAUGAUGGGAGGUCUCCUUGCCGGUACCACCGAGUCUCCCGGUGAGUACUUCGUUAGCAACGAGGGACAGCUCGUCAAGGCCUACCGUGGCAUGGGAAGUAUUGCCGUCAUGGAGGACAAGAAGACCGGUGGCAAAGACCCCAAAGCUAGCAACGCCGGCACUGCCCGGUACUUCUCCGAGAAGGACAAGGUCUUGGUCGCCCAGGGUGUUUCGGGCUCGGUCCUCGAUCGGGGUUCCAUCACCAAGUUUGUUCCUUACCUCGUGGCGGGCAUCCAGCACUCUUUGCAGGACAUAGGUAUGCAGAGCCUCGACGCUCUUCGCGACGGUGUGAACAAGGGCGUUGUCCGGUUCGAGCUGAGAAGCGGCAGCGCUCAGGCCGAGGGUAACGUCCACGGUCUGCACAGCUACGACAAGAAGCUCUACUCUUAA